CGAGAGACGUACGGCGAGCUCGUCCCGUGUCCCCUCCGUCCACCCCUCCCCAACUCUUUCCGGUCCGCGUUAUCCUCCACCAAAACCACGUGAAACUCUCCAACUCUGCUUCCUUCGCCAUCUCUGCCGCUCUAUAUAACCAGCGAGCGCCCGCGCUUUCCUCCUGACUUUAGCUUAGAUCAAGUACAUAUAUCCUCUGUUCCUCCCCCGCAAACGAUAGACAGGCCUGGCCGGCGCAGCCUGCGACGUUCGAGCUCCCGCCGCGCGUCCACGCGUCGUCUCCGGCCAUGGGGUUCCCCCUGGUGUGCUACUGCGUUGCCAUCCCCAAGCCGGUCAUCGCCUUCUGCAAGCUCGUCGCCGCCGUCAGGGACGCCUUCCUCCUGCUGCUCUCCCUCGUCGGCCUCUGCCGCUCCCCGCGCCGCUCCGUGGACGACGCCCCGCUGCCCGAGGAGGUCAAGGAGCGCCUCCCGGCCGUCGAGUUCUCCUUGCUGGCGCGUCCGGCAAAGCAGGGGUGCCACGACGGGGACGACGACGUCGCCGCCGCGGCGGCCACGUGCAUCGUGUGCCUGGAGAGGCUGCGGGCGGCGGACGAGGUGCGGCGGCUGGGCAACUGCGCGCACGCCUUCCACCGCGGCUGCAUCGACGGGUGGAUCGACCUCGGCCGGACCACCUGCCCGCUGUGCCGCUCCCACCUACUGCCCCGCGCGCGGAGGGACGGCCCGCUCGCCAGCCUCCUCACGCGCGUUUGGUGACGACCAACCGCGCCACUCGUUAGCUCGGAGGCCACGUCUUUCGUUGUCCCAGCGCGGUGGCGGCCGACACAGAGAUUCGCGAUCUCGACCGGCUGCAUGUAUAUUUAAAGAUUGUGGGUUUACAUCGUCUCAAAAUCGGGAUUUUAUUUAGUUUAGGGCGCCACUUUGUAUAGCCAUCCAAUCAAGAGGUCACCAAUAGGUGCACAAGCAUAGUUUUUUUUUCGUAGAGAAGGAUUAGUUGGUCCAAUAUAUGCCUGGUCGUGUUUGGCUAGUGGAUCUCGAAAUGUCAACAGCUCCAAAACGCAUGUCGCUGUUCGACUUGUACAAUCCCAGUCGUGGGACUACGACGUACAGUUGUAUAACUCAUACACUUAUGCUUCAUUAAAAAAAAACUUGAUGAUUGUUUGCUGACCGAGUUUUAA